AUGGACAAGGAUGAGAUGCUGCGAUAUUUUGACAGCGAGGAGCGGAAUCGUGGUGGUCCUGACAGUCCGACGGGAUAUAUCCAGUCUGAAAUAGUCAUGGUUGCAAAGACUACUAAUAAACCGUCGUCGUCCUCCGUUCUCAGCGGUGGAGACUCACCUUCGCCUCUAUCUGUGCAGUCGAAGUUGGACUGGUCUCCUGGGGAGGUGAUUCAGCCAAUUCAAUCAAUGGAUGUAGGAGAUGAUCUCGCCUCGAUGCUCUCAUCGUCCGGUCUUGACAGUUGCAGUGGCCAGGGAGACGUCGAAUCGCUGCUCGGUCCUGGUUUCAGACCACAAUUACCUUCUCAACCUCUCCAGCAUAUCGACCUGUCGUUCGUCGACUCUUACAAUAAUCCGGCAUUUUACCGGCACGAAUAG